GGAAAUUUAAACAGAACACAUCCGGUUUUGCAAAAAUACGAGCCUAAAAGAGGAUAAAAACACACACACACACACAAAACAGAAAAUUUCUGUAAAAAGCAGCACAAAGAGCGGGUUUAGUGUGCAGUUUGUGACGGAGCGGCGCAGACAUGAGAUUCAACAUGAGGCGGAAGAAUCCGAGGCGGAAGAAGCCGAAAGUCUCUGAAGAAAGUUGCGCUCUGUGUGGUUUCUGUGAUGACGACCCGGCAAUCCUUGGAGACAAAAUCAAAGUCCCAGAACUCAAAUGCUCUGUGCAUUACCUCUGUUUGCUGACCUCGUGCGGGAUGUAUCAAAAGGGCGCAGAGCAUGAGGGCGUGUUUGGGUUUCUGAUCAAUGACAUAAAGAGAGAGAUGCGUCGCUCCAGUCGACUGACAUGUUUUGGGUGUCACCACAAGGGGGCGUGUGUGGGCUGCUGUGUGCCAAAGUGCAGGAAGAAGGUGCACUUCCCAUGUGGACAGAGGCUGGAGUUUGUGUCUCAGUUCAAAUGUCCUUUUCCGUCGUACUGCCCAAGCCAUGCCCCGUCCCAGAGCCUGAGUCCUGGUCUAGACCUGAGUCUUCCUCGGUCCUGUUCUAUCUGUCUGGACCCCAUAGACCCACUCUUGUCAUUCUCCAUCCUCAAGUGUCCCUCCUGUCACAGCAGCUGGUUCCACCGCCACUGUGUCCAGCGUCAGGCUCACAGUUCGGGGCUGUUCUUCUUCAGAUGCACUUUGUGCAACAACAAAGAUCAGUUUCAGGAAGAGAUGCUGCGGCUCGGGAUCCACAUCCCAGAGAGAGAUGCAUCGUGGGAGUUGGAGUCUGGGGCGUACUCAGAGCUGUUAGAAGUUUACAGACACUGUGACGCCGAGCUCUGUGAAUGCCCCGAGGGGAGGAGCCACUCCGCCAAGAGCGGGUACAUGGAGAUAAUCCGUUGUCGUCUCUGUGGAUCCAGAGGGACUCACAGGACGUGCUCCGGUCUGAGACUCGAGACUCGAGACUGGGCGUGUCCAGAUUGCACCAGUGCCAUCGACGGGAAACCGGCGCUGAUGGCAUCUCCAAACCUUCCUCAGGGAAGAAGUCUGUCCAGGCUCAGCUCACCCCCUGUUGGCCACAAGAGGUCCCGCCUCUCCUCCUCCCCCUCUUCAUCCUCUCCUCAGGAACUGAUUCGCGCGCUGCGACCCAUGCCCCGUCUACAGCACCAGGUGACCUUCAGACUCCGCCCCCACAGCAAGCGGCACCGCCCUCUCCCAAACAGACACUGCCCCCUGGAGGUGAGCAGAGACAACGUCCUGGAGGCAUCUCUGGGACUGGUGAGGAGCCCAGAGUUUGACCCGAGCAGAGAGCUGAGUAUCAGGUUCACAGACGACGUGACUCUGUUUCCCAGCAGCCUCAAUGGUGAUGGUACUCUGCAGCUCUUCCUGGAUCUGCUGCUGCGACAGAUCCAAGACUGUGAAGUGUUUGAGGGACCAGAGGGCUGCAAGAACCUGGCUCUGAACGCUCAAGCACUUAAAGUGGACCUGUACUUUGACAUUGGUGUCCUUCUGGCUCUGGCUCUGGUCCACGGUGCCCCCUCUCUGCAGUUCUUUUCACCUGCGCUGUACCAGCUCCUCUUCAACUUCCCCCAAAACCAGCCCUUGACCACGGGCCACCUGACGCCCGGAUCUCCCCUGACCACCACCAUCCAGAGGAUUGCAGCCGCUCAGUCUGUCUCAGAGCUCCAGUGCGUCCUUUCUUUCUGCUCUGAUCACCUGACCCUGUCCGGCUGCAACCGACCAAUCAGGAGCCUGGAGGAGCGGGCAGGGCUAGUGGAUGACCUCAUCGCCUUCAGUAUGAUCACCAGGAUGCAGCUGCCUUUACAGAGGUUCCGCGAGGGCCUUCAGACCCUGGGCGUCUUUGAGCAGGUGCAGCUCUACCCCUCCGUGUUCCUCCCUCUCUUCAUUGGAGGUGAGGGGCACUCACACACCGCUCCUACCCAGUAUCAAGCUCCCGAACAUGGACAUGAGGACCAGGACAUCCUCCAGCACGUGGUUUCCUCCACGGGAUGAAGACUCAGGCAGCCCACAUGAAGGACACUUUAUUAGGUACUGGGACUAAACCAAGACUGAACCAAGACUUGACUAGAACAAAAUUCCUGGCUCAUUCCUGGUUAACUAGAAAUGAACAAGGACUUGACUUAGAACUAGAGCCUUACCGAUAUAUCGGUUGGCAGAUAUGCUUGCUGAUAGGGGCCGAUAUUUCACGUGGGCAUGUGAUACGUCGUUAAAAAUAUUAGACUCUCUACAUUAUGUUCAUUUAAUCCAAUUUACAGACAGAUAAAUUUGUCUGUGUGUGUGUCCGUACUGUCCCUGAACACACCAGAGUCGCGUCACUUACGUGUGUUUGUUUACACCCGCGGACACGGAUCCAAACGUUGAGAUUAUUUUCUUUUUACGGACAAUCAGUUUGAGUCUGGAUUAAAAGGACUUUUAUUAGUGCAGACUUGUGAUGUGAGGAGGAGCCUGUGUGAGCGGUAGUGUUGGAAAUAUGUCGACUUUGAGGCUAGUUUUGGUCAUUUGUUAUGGGUUAGCUGCUGUAGCUCCCGCACAUCAACAGGCUGUUUUCUAUUGGUCUAUUGUAAAGUGACUAUAUUGGCCGUAUAUUUGUUACUGGACCUGCACUGAUAUGUAUGAGCGUGUAAUGUAAUAGACGUGUGAAUUACGACAUUUGCGCAUAUAAUUAAUUACCGCGGCGCGCACGUAUUUACGGCUAAAGGCUAAUAGCGCUACUUUCUUUACUAGUUAUGGGUCGGUCGCGAACGAAACGGCUUUUAGAGCCGGCUCUUUGAAGUGAACGACGGGAGCCUGAUCCUUAUUAGGAGCCGUGUUUUCUCUUUGUCUCACUUUUUCUCUUCACGCCGCGUGCAGACUCGUGGUAGUUUGGUAGCGGCUGAAAACGAAACUUUGAGAAAUUUGCGUGUACAUAGGAUAAAAAUAAUAAUAAUAAUAAUAAUAAAAAAACGAGCAUAUUUGGCUGUAGUUUAGUAUAAAAUAAAUAAGUCCCGGUUUAGUCCUUUUUCAGUCCUGGUUUAGACCUGGUUCAGUCGUGCUUUAGUCCUGCUUGCAACAAAACAAUCUGAAGAGCCGCUUGGGAGCCAAAAGAACCAACAGCUUUUAGUGAGCCGAGCCAAAAGAGCCGGUUCUCUAAAAAGAACUGGAAUACCCAUCACUAGUGUCUAGAAUAUGAUACAAAAUGCCAUUAAGUCAACCUACUGUGUGUAAAUAUGAUGUAAAGAGGCAGAAUAACAAUAAAUGUUGCCUAAAUAAACCCAAGUUAAAAUCCACUAGAGCCAAACCAAAGUUUUUUAAACAAUUCAACAUUUACAGUGAAUUUUUACAUCACUAAAUAUAUUGGCGAUUAUAUCGGCUAUCGGCAGCUCCAACCACCAUUAUAUCGGUUUCAUAUCGGCCACAGCAAAAUCCAUAUCGGUCGGGCUCUACUUAGAACUAAACCAGGACUUGGCUAGGACUGAACCAGGACUUGAACCAGGACUUUACUAGAACUAAACCAGGACUUGGCUAGGACUGAACCAGGACUUGAACCAGGACUUUACUAGAACUAAACCAGGAUUUAACUAGGACUUAACAAGAACUAAAGCAGGACGUAAGUGUGCAUUACUUAACUUUUAGAGUCCAGCACCUGCUUGUCUCCAUGAAGAGGUUAUUAUUACUUUGCCUUGAAUAUUCCACCAUCACAUUCAAAAACACCUUGAAAAUCAUAUACGACUUACUAAGAGCAGAGUCACCUCUCCACAAAUCUGACCUGUAACUUGGAAGUUACAGGUGAAGUCACUUGCUUGUCUCAAUGAAGAUAGGAGUUUAAUGCUGUACUGUGGAACAUCUGAGGCAAAGUGAAGUGAACAUCUCCAUGGAAACAAGCUAGCAUAUGCCAGACCCAGCACUAGAAAUGAAAGGACUAAAAGGUCCUUCCACCUCAAUUCACCCCAAAAAAUUGCAAUUAGAACCCUCACAUUGUCCAAUUGCAAAGAAAAUUGGUGCAUGCGUAAGUCAUAACCAAGAAAGCCAAAAUCUCAAAUUUUAGCAUGAUUGGAGCAAUUUAAUUUUGUCACUUUUGGUCGCUGGAUUUCAAAUUGCAUUUACUCAGCAACUACUGAUCCGAUAUGAAAAACCAAGGUAUCUCUGGAAAGGGGAAAUCAUAAGGAAUCAAAAUCAAAUAGAAAAAAUGUAGCCCUAUAAGUCUACUACAACAUGUAAAAAAUUAUCAGACGUAUUGUCAAAAAAAUUGUCAGCCGUAUACACUGAAUGGAAAUUUGGCAUGUCUUAAGAUGGGAGUAAGUCAACUUCUAGGUAAAUUUGUGUCAAAAUAAAAAAGAAAACCCCUCCAGAUUUUGUAUAUGUUGUAGUGGACAUAUAGGGCUACAUUUUUUCUAUUGUUGUCAUUGAGGUUGGGCAUGUCCCAUAUAGGUCAAAAGGUAAUUCAUCUCAAAAGUACACAAAUGCAAAAAUAAAUGGCAGAUUUGGAUUUGGAAAUUCAGCGACCACACAAAAAGUGAGAAAAUGAAAUUGUGAUAUCUCAGAAACCUUUGGUCUGAUCAUGCUAAAAUUAAAAAAUUUGGAUUUUCUGGCUAUGAUUUAUUUUAAGUUUCAUUAAAAUUUGACAAAGUAGGGUUUAACUCAUUGGGUGAACUGAGGUGAACUGACCCUAAAUCCAGACUACAGACAGUUGUACAGAAUUUCUUUUAAGCAACUACUUUUCUUUAUAUUGUUAAAAAAAAGCAUUAAUCUAUUACUCACCUUAAAUGUUAAAACAUUGUAUUUUGCAUAUUUUAGUCACUAAGAAGUAGUUUUAUAGUCAUGUCUUUAUUGUUUUCUUCUUGUUAAUGUGCAUGAGUGUCUUGACCUGUUUGUGCGGUAUUCUUGUUUAAUAUCAUGUUUAUGCACUGAUUAUUGAACUGCUUUUACCAAAAAACAUCUGGUCUGGUUUUUUUUUUUUUUUUUUUUGGGAAAAGGAAAAGACUCGAUACUCAAUAUAACCAGUAUUGAUUAGUAUAUGAUUUUCAAUGCUUUUGGCAGCUCUAUUAUACUGAAAUGGACAUGAUGAUAUAAACUAAUGAGAUUAUUUUGUCUGAGAAGUUAUGCAUUUUAUUGCUUCUGAAAGUUGCAAGAUCAUACAUACAUCAUACAUUUCACAAAAUCCAAAAUGAAAAUCUGUUAUUGUCAGGUGUAACCGUAAAGUGCAGAUGUUUAAGGCUUUCUCCAAAUAUUUGACCAUGAAAACAACAUUAAACUUAUUACAUUUAAGCUCAUGUGAGCAGAGUGAAAGAACAGUCUGGUUUCAGGCGGGAUUUGAACUGUCAACCCUAAACUGGGGAUUGAAGUAAUGACGUCACUUCCUUUAAAAUGCUAUAAUCCAAACAACUAAUACUUAAAAGUGCUUAUAACAGUCUUUUCUCCAUGUAGUCUGCACUGAAACGGUGCAAAGGAUCAUGGUCCAUGUAGUUUCCUCAGUUAUUUUUUAGCUGUUGCUGCGGUAAAAAGCUAAUUUAACCAUCAUCGCAAUCACAUUUUUCUCUGUACAUAUAUCAGUUUCAAUUUAAAAAAAAAUUGUAACAGGCCUAAUUUCAGGUCCAACUGAUAAAAACAAAGGAAGAAAUCAGAUGUGAAGUUUUGCAAAAUGCCCCAGUGCUGUUCAAUUAGCUUUCGAAAGUGUACGUUUAACCACAAACUAUCAAAUAUGUAAAUAAUGUAGUAAAAAUCUAACAUAACAUAGGAUUACCAGUGUGUAUAUUUAUCCAACUUAAAAUGUAAAUGAGUGAGAUCAAAUAUAUAAUUUUACUUUUUUUUAAAAAAUGUCCAUCAUUUCAAUCAGCUGAUGCGCCUUGGAUCAGGAAGUGACAUCACACUUUAUAAUCCUAAUCUAAGAAAGACUGUCCAACCUAUGUGAUGUGACGGGGAGGGCAUCUGGAGUAAAACAUCUGAGACUGGUUUACUGACAAAAACAGGGAAACAGUUGACGGUAACACCUUUUGUCCAUUGCACUUGUGAAAAUAAAAAGUUUAUUAGUAAAA